AUGAUUUUCUCUUUUCUUUUUUCUUCAGACUUUUCUGACACACUUUUUUUAUUUCUAAUAUUUCUUCUUCAUCUGCUCCUUUUUCUUCUUCUGCUACAUCUUCUUUUUUUUCUUUAUCUCUCCUUUUUCUUCUUCUGCUACAUCUUCUUUUUUUUUUCUUUUAUCUCCUUUUUCUUCUUCUGCUACAUCUUCUUUUUUUUCUUUAUCUCUCCUUUUUCUUCUUCUGCUACAUCUUCUUUUUUUUCUUUAUCUCUCCUUUUUCUUCUUCUGCUACAUCUUCUUUUUUUUCUUUAUCUCUCCUUUUUCUUCUUCUGCUACAUCUUCUUUUACUUCUUCAUCUCUCCUUUUUCUUCUUCUGCUACAUCUUCUUUUACUUCUUCAUCUCUCCUUUUUCUUCUUCUGCUACAUCUUCUUUUUUUUCUUUAUCUCUCCUUUUUCUUCUUCUGCUACAUCUUCUUUUUUUUCUUUAUCUCUCCUUUUCUUCUUCUGCUACAUCUUCUUUUUUUCUUUAUCUCCUUUUUUUCUUCUGCUACAUCUUUUUUUUACUUCUUCAUCUCUCCUUUUUCUUCUUCUGCUACAUCUUCUUUUUUUUCUUUUAUCUCUCCUUUUCUUCUUCUGCUACAUCUUCUUUUUUUUUUCUUUAUCUCCUUUUUCUUCUUCUGCUACAUCUUCUUUUUUUUCUUUAUCUCUCCUUUUUCUUCUUCUGCUACAUCUUCUUUUUUUUCUUUAUCUCUCCUUUUCUUCUUCUGCUACAUCUUCUUUUUUUUUCUUUAUCUCCUUUUUCUUCUUCUGCUACAUCUUUUUUUUUCUUUUAUCUCUCCUUUUUCUUCUUCUGCUACAUCUUCUUUUUUUUCUUUAUCUCUCCUUUUUCUUCUUCUGCUACAUCUUCUUUUUUUUCUUCAUCUCUCCUUUUUCUUCUUCUGCUACAUCUUCUUUUUUUUCUUCAUCUCUCCUUUUUCUUCUUCUGCUACAUCUUCUUUUUUUUCUUUAUCUCUCCUUUUUCUUCUUCUGCUACAUCUUCUUUUUUUUCUUCAUCUCUCCUUUUUCUUCUUCUGCUACAUCUUCUUUUUUUUCUUUAUCUCUCCUUUUUCUUCUUCUGCUACAUCUUCUUUUUUUUCUUCAUCUCUCCUUUUUCUUCUUCUGUUUCAUCUUCUUUUACUUCUUCAUCUGCUCCUUUGUCUUAUUCUGCAUCAUCUUUUUCUUCUGCAUCUGUUUUUUUCUCUUCUUAAACUUCAUCUUCUUUUUCUUCUUCAUCUAUUACAUUCUCUUCUUUUGCUUCAUCUUUUUCUUCUAGAUCUGCAUCUUUUUCUUCUUCAUCUGCUCCUUUUUUCUUCUUCUGCUUCAUCUCCAUUUUCUUCUUCAUCUGCUCCUUUCUCUUCUUUGGCUUCAUCUUUUACUUCUUCAUCUGCUUCUUUUUCUUCUUCUGCUUCAUCUUCUUUUACUUCUUCUUCAUCUGCUUUCGCUUCUUCUGUUUCAUCUUCUUUUUCUUCUUCUUCAUCUGCUUCUUUUACUUCUUCAUCUGCUUCUUUUUCUUCUUCUGCUUCAUCUUCUUUUUUAUCUUCAUCUACUCCUUUUUUCUUCUUCUUCAUCUACUUCUUUUUCUUCAUCUGCUUCUUUUUCUUCUUCUGCUUCAUGAUUUACCAUCAUAUUCAAUCCACACGUUUGUUUCCUGAUCAUCGCAAAAAGAAAUCUUUUAUAAGGAUAAGCUUACAGAAUACCGUUUUCUACUAA